AUGGCAGUUGAUGUGUGCACAGAAAUUUCGAGCCCAAGAAUCUCAUUCUCCUACGACCUCAAGGAUUUCGACUUCGUCCCGGUCGAAAAUCACGGCCGUCGAUCGGACUCCUUUCUACUAAAUCCCGCCGUCGAUUUCGACCUCUGCCGCGGUCUGCUCCCCCACGAAAUCUCCUCCGCCGACGAGCUCUUCGCCGACGGCAAGAUCCUCCCUGUCCAGAUCAAAAGACCCGAUAUCACCCCGCCAGACCCGGUACCGGCCCGAACAAAGCCCAAGCCCAAUGUCGCUCCCCAAGAAGACCAAAACGACUUGAAAAAUGAAAACACGGAGAAAAAGCGACUCGUCGAGGCUAUCCAAAAGCAGCAGUCGCUGAAAGAGGGAUCGGAAGAUCGCCGAUCGAGUUCGCCGGCGGCGACGGCGACGGCGACGCCUAAUCGGUGCCAUUAUUAUUACCCUUACAACAAUGAUAAUAAUAAUAACAAUAAAUGUAAUAUUAAUUGUGAGGGCAAUACGACGGCGUAUAGAAGAGGGUCGUUGAGAAAGAGUGGGAGCAGAUCGGGUGUGGAUAGUAAAAAUGGGGUUCGGGUCAACCCGGUUCUGAAUAUAGCACCGGCUUACAUUGGCAAAGGUACUGUGAGUUUGUUUGGGAUUGGUUCCUUCUUCUCUAGCAGUAAAAAGUCCAAGAAGAAGAGAUAA